ACAGUCGGAUAGUUAACCAAAUCCAAACAAAUCAUUGUUGCAUUUUUCCUUUCCUCACUGAAACACAGUCUAAACCAAUCCACCAAUUCCCCACCGCCACCCGCCAUGACUUUCUUCAGCCUCGUCUCCUUGUACGCCACCUACCUCCGCCGCUGCUUCUCCUCCUCCGGCCUCACUCCCCAAUCUGUUGCCAUAGACAACAACACCACCAUCCAUUUCUGGGGCCCUAAGACAGCAACCGCCACCAAGAAACCGGCCUUGAUCAUGAUCCACGGGUUCGGCCCGACGGCCAUCUGGCAAUGGCGGAGACAGGUCCAGUUCUUUAGCAUGAACUUCCACGUUUACGUCCCCGACCUCGUCUUCUUCGGAGAUUCCACCACAAAGUCGGAGGAGAGGUCGGAGAUUUUCCAGGCGGCUUGUUUGGGGAAGUUAAUGGAAAUAUUGGGGGUGAAGAAGUUUCACGUGAUGGGGACUAGUUACGGCGGGUUCGUGGCGUACCACAUGGCUAGAAUGUUGCCGGAUAAUGUAGAGAAAGUGGUAAUUGCGAGCUCCGGGGUUAGUAUAAAAAAGGGAGACAACGAGACCUUGCUCAAGAGAGCGGAGUCGGAGAAGGUAGAGGAUUUUAUGCUACCUGAAACCGCCGAUCAGCUCAGAACGUUAGCUCGUUUAGCGGUUUUCAGGAGUUUCAGCAUGAUUCCGGAUUUUUUCUUGAAUGACUUCGUCCAAACCCUGUACACACAAAACAGGAAGGAGAAGCUGGAGCUUCUCAAGGGACUGACCCUCGGGCGCACUGAAAAUGCAAACCUUGUUCCACUUGAACAGGAUGUACUGAUAGUAUGGGGGGAACAAGACCAGAUAUUUCCCCUGAAGCUGGCUUUUGAAUUAAAGGAGCUUCUUGGGGAGAAAGCAAGAGUGGAGGUGCUCAAAAAGACGUCGCAUGUGCCACAGGUUGAGGACUCAGGACGUUUCAACGAAAUUGUUAAUGAGUUCUUACGUGGAUCUUCAUGAUGAUUAAUUACUUCGUAUUUCAUUCCCUUUAAUUAAACAGAUUUAGUCUUUGGUAAUAAGUUAUGAGCAGUUUGGAAUUUCACUAAUUUGGUGUUUGUAGCCAUUUUGAAAAGCUUUUAUUAUGUUUGGUGCAUACAUAUUAAGAUUCGAACUUAAACAUAUGAUUAAUAGUAUAAAUAAUUUUACUAUCU